CAAUCACAGACGAUAUGCUGGGGUAAAAGCCCCAAAAGAACCCCGUCUAGUCAAAACGAAUCUAGUCCUGUUCGAGAGAAGAGUUUCGUUCUAUCGAUAGCGGAAAAAACAAGGAGUUGUACUUGUAGCUUCAAGAUUACUGAGUACAUGAUGGCGCAAAUCUCGUUUGCCACUAUUACUGCUAUGAAUCAACAGCUGCUUAUGCAGCUGAGCCAGUUUGCCAACCAGCCAAAUGUACAAACUGCCACCCCCGCAAUUCAGAAUUUUAUGCCGGCAACCGUGCCCGAUCAAAACAUGGCAAUAUCAACCUCGCCUCAGCCUGACUUUGGACUUGAGACUGGUUUCUACACAGGCAGCUACCUAGAAGAACUAAACAGUUGCCAAUCAACCUGUAAUUCAGACGUUUCUGAGGUCUUCGAAGGCAAAGAAGCGAAUAGUCAAAGCUGUGAACAAAUUUUUCAAGAUCUUGAAGACAUUGGAGUGCUUGGCAUAGACUUUGACUCUGACAUUUGUCCCAAUUUCAGUGAUAACAUCAACAGCAACCCUGACCUAGCUGCCUUUGAUGAGGUUGAACCUUCUUAUCAGUUGGCCCCUCAACCACAGCCUCCUCAAACCUACCACAUAAAACCUGAAGUCCAAGACUUCUCCUGCAUGGGUCUAUCACACAGCCCUGCUCCAUCUUCAGACAGUGGCAUGGUCCUAAGCCCAUGCCCUAGCUUCUCAGACAGCUUUAGUGACACAGAUGCUUACAGCAUCUCCAGUGUGGACUCUCCCAUUCCUGACCCCAUCCAAGAUGACUCAUGUGUGCCCAUGACGGACCCAUCCCCUCAGGUUGUACCUGAUACAUUACCUCCAAAAGUACCAGGUCGACGGCGCAGAGGCCCCAAGAAACCUGCCAAGUACAAUGGCAAUGGCCCUAUUCAGCUGUGGCAGUUUCUGCUCGAGCUACUCCUCUGCCCACAAAGCCAGAGAUUGAUAGAGUGGACGUAUGAUGAGAAGUUUGAGUUCAAACUACUGAACCCACCAGUGAUUGCAACCAUGUGGGGAAAGCGCAAGAACAAGCCCAACAUGAACUACGAGAAGCUGAGCCGUGGACUACGUUACUACUAUGACAAAAACAUAAUUGACAAAGUCCAUGGCAAGAGGUAUGUGUACCAGUUUGUAUGUGAUAUUGAGAAGAUCCUUGGAUAUGACCCCACGGAGCAGAAGCUGGACGGUGUAAAGGUAGAAGAUGCAGUCUGCGGUAAGCCAGAAAUGGUUCCCGAUUGUGAGAAAUUUUGGGAAGCUGGUAGCCCUGAUAGUGGCAUCAGUGUACCAGAUUUCGAUCUGCUCUUCAAUCACUAGAGUUUUUUUUGUCGUUAAACCCCAAGUUGUAGCCUGGUUUCCAGAGGUUUUAUGGUUGUUAGCCAUAUUGCCUCUGGAGGCUGGGCUAUGUCACCUGAUUUCAAAUGGUUUCUGGUUUUAUCAAAUCAGCCAUUUGACAAUCAGGUGACCCAAGUUGUUGUUAUUAUCAGGGUAUGGGAAAGGCCAAUGUGUUUUUGAGUUUUAGUAUAUUUUAUCACUGUGUGAUUGUAGGUUGUUGUUGCUGUGUUUCACCAUUAGCCUUUCCUCUACUCUGAUUAUGACUUAUGUAGCUUGUAUCAAGCGAAGUGGUCUUACGUGUCCACAUUCUAUACAUUCUCAGGCAAAGUAUAAUUUUGAGGACCAUACCAUUAUUGGUUUGGCUUUGAAUCAUGCUUUGCCUGAGAAUAAGUUCCAAUACCUGAUGUACUAUGUAUGUCACUUAUUUGAAGUUUUCUUCACUCAAUUUGAUUAACUUAAGCAAUUAGGAUAAUUUUGUAGCCUGUGAGUCCACAGGGUUUAUAUUUGAUUGUAACAAUGUUCUUGUAGUCGGUGAUUUUAGAAGUUUUUGUAGGAUAGGCCAUGGAAAGUUCCCAUGAUUUAUUUGAUCACAUUGGUCAGUUACUAUUUCACUCGGUAUCCGAGUCUCUUGGCAAAGUUGUCGAGGGUUUACAAGUUAUACAAAUUUUUCGAGUUUAUUAUAUUAGCUUGGUAGAAAAAGCUAUAAUAAAGUUGUUGCAGUAUGCACAAAUGUCUAGUAUAUAUUGUAGAAACUAGUAAUCCAUUUUAUCAGGUGAUAUAUUGGAUAUUGUAUUAUUCUCUAUGUAUUAGUAAAAGCUAUAAUGAAGUUGCAGUAUGCACAAAUGUCUAGUAUAUAUUGUAGAAACUAGUAAUCCAUUUUAUCAGGUGAUAUAUUGGAUAUUGUGUUAUUCUCUAUGUAUUAGUAAAAGCUAUAAUGAAGUUGCAGUAUGCACAACUACCUAGUACACAAUGUACAAACUAGUAAUCCAUUGUAUCAGGUGAUAUUUUGGAUAUUGUAUUAUUCUGUAUUAUUCCAUUAUUUCAAUUGUAAAAGAGCUUUGUGCUCACUUAUGCAUUAAUGAAUAUACAUUGUAGUUUUCUAGUGUGCAAUAAAAAUUUGUAAAAACUCCAA